AUUUUCAAAAAAUUGUUUAGUUGUUUUUGAAUCUUCGAAGAACAAACGUCGUGAUGGGUUUUCGUCAAGUGACUUUAUUAUUCUUGGUCUUGACCUUUAUCAACUUAACAUUUUGCAAAUAUCGAAACUACUGUACUGGAGAUCCACAAUUGAAGUUGUGUGAUGAAGGUAAAACACAUGUUGCUUGUGGACGUCUUGCAAAUGGAUGGGCAUCUAAUUGUAAAGAUCCUAAAGAUAUAAAUCUAAGUCUUCAUCAAAAGCGAAUGAUUUUGCAUCACCAUAAUUGGUACAGAGAAAAAGUGGCGACGGGCAAAGGACGAUCAAAGUAUGGAGUAUUUCCUAAAGCUGCGAAUAUGCAUUAUAUGGAUUGGGAUGAAGAACUUGCAUAUUUAGCGGCGAUGAAUGUAAAACAGUGCGAAAUGGAACAUGAUGAAUGUCGAGCUGUAGAUGUAAAAAGUGGGCAAAAUCUUGGAUUUGUUGCAUCAAGUCAUCCAAAAAAAGUUGAGCACACUAUAGGAAAAGUUAUUAGAGGAUGGUAUAAAGAAAUAAAAGAUGCCCGACCUGAAAAUGCGAAAAAUUACACCGGCGCAGGAGUAGGUGAUAAAGAAAUAAACCAUUUCGGAGCCUUAGCUUGGGGGCCCACUAACAGGGUCGGAUGUGCAAUGGCUGAAUAUAAUAAAACUUAUGAAACCACAAGGGGCCCGAUGGAAUUACGAACAAGACUACUAGCUUGCAACUACGCACCAGUAGGCAAUUGGUUAUAUGAAGAAAUGUAUAAGGAAGGAACACCUUGUUCACAAUGUCCAAUCCACGAUGUAGCUUCAGGUUUCCGCGAACUGGCCGCUGUAAAAGUGGGUCCUAUGUCCUCAUCUUCGAUAAAUGGUGACCCCGACCGCGGUGGGCAAUUAGCUCUUCGGGCAGUGUUUAGCCGACGUCCUUGCUGCACUUCUGCGCAGCCUGCGAGUUUUCUCUCCAUAGUCGGCGAUCUAGAAUUGAUGGUUGUACAGAAGCGUGAUAUGCAAACUAAAUUGUUGAACGAUUAUAAUAACAGUCAACCUUCUUAUAACGCGGUAUCGAGAUUGCGACAACCCUUUUAUAACGCGGUUUUCCUUCAACUGCCCAUAAGUUUAUUCCGCGCUUUCUAUGGAUGA